AAGAUUUUGUCAAAUAUAUACAAGCAUGUUUCUUGGCGUUCAUCUUGUUGUGGCUGUGGCAACCCAUUUCAAGCGGGAAACUUAGCGGCACGCAGAGCAUCUCAUCUCAUCUCAUCGUGCCUCUUUCCCUUCCACCUAACCCUAAUUUCAACCUUCUCUUCCAAUCCCUAACAAUUAGGGUUUUUAUUAUUCCCCCAAAUCACUGUUUCUGAAUCAGCCAAGAUAUUGAAAAGGGGUUUCUGUGAAUCAAGCAUCAUUGAUGCAUCUGGAGUUACUAUGAGAUUGUAUUUAGCUUCUAGCGGUGGUAACCAUCUUGAAAUUCAAUUGCUUUAUUGGUAAAAUAAUGCCAUCCAGUUACUUUUCAAGGGUUGGAACUGCAAUUCAGAGGUCAAUUGCGGGGAAACAAGGCGAGUUUCGUGACUCUGCUGAGGUUCUUAUUGGACAAGGGAAGCUCUUGUUCGGUGGUUCAAGGCUUUCCCAUUCUGGGUAUAGAUUGUCUUGUGUGGAACCUCGCUCGGUUGCCACGGGUGCCGGUAUUAUUGCAUUAGCUUCAAGAUCAGAAAGAAAGGGGUUUUCUGUGGUUGACGCUCUGUCGAGGACGCUUUCGGUUCCUUCUGUGUCGGGGCCUUCAAUUCAGAUCUGUGGAUACCAUUCUGGACCUGAAAAGUUUUCAGCUGGUGCCAGGUUUCAGGUGAAAACUAUGGCGGCUCGCUUGCCUGGUGCUGUGGUUGGUGAAUGCUGUUUGGAUAACAGAACUUUGAAGGGUGGUCGCCGGUCACUGUCGACAAAGAAUAGCAGUAGUAAUGUCUGUUUGAGCGCUGGUUUGAGGAAUGGCGGAAGAGUGAGCAUGAGUUUGAAGAACCACCAUCAGCCAGAUAGCCGUUCAAUUUAUAGCUAUUUUGUUUAUAAUGUUGCAAAGAAUUGGUGCGGCGCUUUCUCUCAUUUGCAGUCAGGGUCUGGAGAUUUUCAUACUUCGUCGACUUCUUGUUACACUGUUGGUCCUGCUCAGGAUGUGCCUUUUGAAACUUCUGCCCGCGAGGAGAAGCCAGCAAAUUCUGCAGAUUCAUCUGAACAGAAAGCUCCUUCUGGCAAAACCCUUAAGUUAGUAUCAGGAUCGUGCUACUUGCCUCAUCCUGAUAAAGAAGAUACUGGUGGAGAAGAUGCUCAUUUUAUAUGUUCUGAGGAACAGGCAAUAGGGGUGGCAGAUGGUGUUGGUGGUUGGGCAGAUCUUGGUGUUAAUUCUGGAUUUUAUUCUCGUGAGCUCAUGUCCCACUCAGUGGAAGCUAUUCGGGAGGAGCCCAAAGGUUCAGUUGAUCCAGCUAGGGUGUUGGAGAAAGCACACUCAAGUACAAAAGCUAGGGGUUCCUCUACAGCAUGCAUUAUUGCACUCACUGACCAGGGGCUUCAUGCUAUUAAUUUGGGGGACAGUGGGUUUAUGGUGGUCCGUGAUGGGUGCACUAUAUUUCGGUCCCCAGUGCAGCAACAUGAUUUCAAUUUCACCUAUCAGCUAGAAUGUGGCAGUAAUGGUGAUUUACCUAGUUCUGGCCAGGUUUUUACAAUUCCUAUUGCUCCCGGGGAUGUCAUCGUUGCCGGCACUGAUGGGCUGUUUGAUAACCUUUACAACAAUGAGAUUACAGCGGUGGUGGUUCAUGCCGUGAGAGCAAACCUAAGCCCUCAGGUGACAGCACAGAAGAUAGCUGCAUUGGCACGUCAACGGGCACUUGAUAAGGACAGACAGACCCCAUUCUCUACAGCUGCUCAAGAUGCUGGAUUCCGUUACUAUGGUGGCAAGCUUGAUGAUACUACGGUCGUUGUUUCAUAUAUUACUGGCUCUGGAGAUGCAUGAAUUCAUUUUGCUGUGUACCCCCCUGUAUAUAUAUACUCAUUUUGUCACGGUUGGAGAUGUAUUUUGGAUCUUAUUUGGAAAAAAAAUUGUUAGUCACAAUUGAGAUAUAGCUCCAUUCAAUUUAGAGUUUCCUUCGGCUUGUUUUUUCAAUUGGGUAGAUACUGAAGUUUGAAAAUGGUACUAUUUCCAGUUAUAAAUUUGAAUAAAAAAAGAUUUGUUGAUGUUGA